CAAUACCAUGCUGUACGACUUCUUUUCUGCAACCAACGAUAAUGGUCAUUGCAAAGCACUUUCUUUCCAAAUGUUUUAGACCUCCAUCCAAAAGUGGUGAAUGGCGGACUCACUAUCGACCUCAGUGGCAAAGACCUGACCUCCGUCCCAGCCGAGGUGUUUGACGCCACAGAUAUCGAACGCCUUGACCUGUCUCACAACAGGCUGACGAGCAUACCCGAGGAGAUAGGUCAACUGCAGAAGCUUCGGGAACUUAAACUUGACAACAACCUGCUGAUACAACUGCCACAGGCAAUCACUACUCUACCUAACCUAGAGUACAUGGAAGUGUCGGUAAACAAAUUGGAAACUUUGCCUGAUGGAAUCUCCAGAUUACAACUUCACGAGCUGUACGUCCCCAACAAUAGAUUCAAAGAGAUACCAGACGAAAUUUGUUCAUUACUUCAGCUGAAAACCUUUUCCGUGGGACGCAACCCCCUCAAGUCUCUCCCUGACAAGAUAUCUCAGCUCACAGGAUUGAGAACCAUGUUCAUGAACAGCUGCCAGUUCGAUGAGUUCCCCAGACAGGUGCUGCAGCUGGAGGGUCUGAAGGAGCUAUACAUGAGGAACUGGGCUGGGGAGGGCAAACCUUCACCUGUACCUAAAGACAUCGGCACACUGAAGAACCUACAAGUCUUGGAUCUGCGGAGUAGUGGCUUGGAGUCUCUACCGGAUGGUGUUGGAGAACUGGAGCAGCUGAGGUACUUAGACAUCUCCCGAAACAGGUUCACAUCAGUUCCUGAGCAAAUCAUGAACCUGCCCAACAUUGAGAAGCUAGACUUGUCAGAUAACAACAUCUCCAGCCUUCCCCUGAGUCUGUGCCGAUUGGCCAAACUGAAGGACAUGGCCAUCUCAGGAAACCCCCUGACAUACCCUCCCGCUGAUGUCUGUGAUAAAGGCACAGCCGCCAUCAUGGACUUCCUGAGAAGGGAGUUGAAGAAUAUGGAAGAGAGAGAACUGAGGAAAGUCUUCCACCGUUUCUCUCAAAGCGUCACUGAAUCGAGUGAGGUGGAAGAUCUGGGCGGAGCACUCGGGCUUACAGCAGAUGAGAUGAUCAAUAUCCAAGCUUCAAGGAACACAAAACCGAGUUCCCAGGCCUAUAAAGUUCUAUCGAAGUGGAAGGAGACGGACAGGGAAGCGUCCAUGGACAAGCUUGAAAAGGAACUGAGUGAGUCUGGCAUGAGUCAUCUGGUAGAGAAGGCCAGCAGGAUCCAGUCCCAACCAGCUAAGCGACCGGCAGAUACAUCGGGUGGGCCUCCAACCAAGCGACGGGCAGCCGGUGGGCCUUCUAGUGUGAAUAGUGAGGACAAGCUGGCGCAACUACAAGGGGAAAACCGCACUUUGAAAGCCCAGGUACAAAAACUACAAGGCAGCCAGAAGCCAAGAAGUCGAGAACCUGGAGACAAGCCAGUCGUGAUGCUGCUAAAUGAUGAAUAUGGGAUCAGAAAGGGUGGUAUAUCCACAAUCAACCGCGAAAUUGGGUGCUUACUGGUAUCCAAAGGCGCAGAGGUCCUUUGCACAGUCCUGAACGCCACACAACAGGACAAGGAUGAUGCGGCCGCUGAUGGAAUCCGGCUGAUUUUUCCAGCAACGUUUGAGCGCGAUCCCAGAAAACCAGAGCUCCACUGGCUGACCUUUGACCACCAGACUCGAUAUCCAGACCUCCCCUCGCAUGUGGACUUCAUCGUUGGUCACGUGCACAUCACAAGCCACGCAGCAAGACGAAUCAAGGAUCGCUUUCCUGUCGCCAAACUCGUCCAGGUCACGCACGUGAUGCCUGAAGACACCAGCCACUACAAGGGUGUGGAGAGGGUGUUGAGCAUCGGAAAGGAGAGCGACAACAUUCUGGAUGACCUCCGACAUGCUGAUGUGAUCUUCUCGGUUGGUCCAUUGAUGUAUGACUACUACAAACACCAGACAAAGCAGUUGAAACUACCUCAUCACAAGCUCUUGCCAAAGCCGUCCAACAUCUUCAUCAACUUGCACCCGGUACCACCCCUCGGCACGGAAACAAAAGUGGUUCUGUCCAUCGGCAGGGUCAAGGGUGUGGAGAGGCUGAAAGGCUACGAUCUAGCCGCAAAGUCGAUGUGGGAUGUGAUGAAGGAACUGACCAACACAAAGUGGCGGCUCCGCGGUGUCACAAAGGAAGAUUUCAGAGGCAGCCAGGAGAUCAUCAACGCGAACAAGGAUAAAGUAGAGUUCGUACCGUUCACUCCGCUUGAGUACGGCACACAGGAAGAGCUGCGCGAUGACAUGGGAAGGGCUGAUGUCGUGCUGAUGCCGUCCCGUGCAGAGCCGUUCGGACUGGUUGGUCUGGAGGCCAUCGCUGCAGGGGUGCCAGUUGUGAUUUCCCACAAGUCUGGUCUUGCGAAGUUCCUGAAGACGCAAGACCCCGAGUUCGACCGCACGAUCGUAGAGAUCGGAGAUGACGACGACAAAGCCGCCCAAACCCUGUCCAAGCGCAUCAUCGAUAUCCUGAAGGAUGGACCCAGAGAGUUUCAGGCCGCACAAAGUUUGAAGAAGAAACUUUUGGACUCAAAAUACUGGACUGAAUCACACACCAAUGUCCUCCAAACCUUUGGCCUGGAAGGCUAAAUCAACACAUUGCUUUGAUUUCUGCCUUUA